GCUGAUUUUCUGUCCAUUGCUCAAAGUGGAGUAUUCAAGUCACCAUUACUGUUGUAUUGGAAUCCAUGUCCCCCUAUAGAUCCAUUAGCAUUUCUUUUAAAUAGUCAAGUGCCCUGUAAUUGGUUGCAUAAAUGUUUAUUAUAGUCACAUCUUACUGCUGAAUUGAUCCCUUAAUCAUUAUAUUGUGCCAUUCUUUCUCUCUUUUAACAGUUUUUAUAUUAAAGUCUAUUUUUUUCUGAUAUUAGGAUGGCUACAUCUGCUCUUUUUUGGUUUCUGUUAGCAUGAAAUAUCUUUUUCCAUCCUUUCACUUUUAGUCUGUGUUUAUCUUUCUUGGAGAGAUGUGUUUCUCUUGUAGGCAGCAAAUAGAUGGGACUUGUUUUUUAAUCCAAUUAGCCAGGCUGUAUCUUUUGCCAGGAGUGUUGAGGCUAUUUACAUUCAAGGUUGUGGGGAGCAACCGGACUAGACUGAGUUACUGGAAUUAAGACUUAUUCUAUGCAUCUGCUCUCCCACAAUAUGGCGCUGAGAGGACCCGGAUUCGGUUUGCCUGAUUGAUAGGACUUGUAAGAGCCUGUGGCAACUCUAGCAAGUAGAGCAGAGUGUGUGCCGCGGGACACCGAAGACAGGCGCGUAUCAACGCCAAAAAUAAAAAGAAAGGGGGAUCUGUGGGGAGCAACCGGACUAGACUGAGUUACUGGAAUUAAGACUUAUUCUAUGCAUCUGCUCUCCCACAAUAUGGCGCUGGGAGAGAAGUAAACAGCUUCCGCACAGCUGCCUCCAGUUCAACUAAUAAACUGUAGGACUUGCUAUUGAUUGGAGGAGAGCAGCGUACUCGGCGUGUGGGCAGCCGAGUUGGGAUUGGCGGAGGAGGACUAUAAAGGAGGAGAGAGACGGCAUGCACCAGGAACAUCUAUGGGGAACAUCUAAGGGGAACACCUGUGCAGCCCCCAGAGAGCCGGCCAGCGGUGUGCCGCUCCCCUGCGGAAGUGGGGAAUGUGGCCAGGGGGAACUGCCCUUCCACGGAGGUGGAAGGGAUAGUAGCCAACCCGGGAAGAACCAGCAGCAAACCCGGGGAGGGCCGAGCAGACGAAAGAACAGCGCAGGGUCCUGUGUCGUUCCUCCACGAAGAGGAGGAGCGACAUAAUGGUGCCGUGACUCGGAUAUGAAGCCUAGGCAGGACUCUGUGUCGUUCCUCCACGAAGAGGGGGAGCGACAAAGGUUACUGUAGAUAACUGAUGAUUUGGCCCUAACAUUUUUCCAUAAACAUUCCUGUUAUUUUCUUUGGAUUUCCUUUUUACUUUUACUGGUAGGUUUUCUGUCUUCACAUUCUUUCAUGAUGACUAUGUUUCUGUGUGUAGCGCAUCCUUAAGCAUCUUUUGUAAUGCUGGAUGAGUGUGGACAACUUUUAUUUUUUUUUUGUUAUGGAAGGUCUUUAUUUAACCUUCAUUCAUAAAUGAGAACUUUGCAGGGCACAGUGUUCUGGGUUGACAGUUUUUUUUUUUUUCCCUUAAGACUUAAAAUAUAUCUUGCUAUUCUCUCCUAGCCUGUAGGAUUUCUGAUGAGAAGUCAUCACUGAUUCUAAAUGGAGAUCCUCUGAAAGUAAUCUGGCAUUUCUCUUGUGCACAUUUAAGAAUCUUUUGUUUAUGUUUUACUGUGAAAAGUUUGACUAUAAUGUGUCAUGGUGAAGAUAAUUUCUGGUCAUCAUGUAGCCUUGUAGGAGUGCUGUGAUUUCAGUAUUUGGACAUCCUUUUCUCUCUCCAAAUUAGGGAAGUUUUCUAAAACUAUUUCACCAAAUGGGCCUCCUAAUCCAUUCUCUUUCCAUACCUUCGGGAACUCCUAAGAACUGUCUAUUGGGUCAUUUGAUAAUAUCCCAUAAUAAAUCUCCAAAACUGUUUUGAAUUUUCUAAUUUCUGCUUUUUAUUAAUUUUUUGGUAUAACUGUAAAAUUUCCAGAUUUGUCUAUUUGUCUUCUAGUUUGGAUAUUCUUUCUUCUGCCUCACCAAUCUGAUGUUAAGUUUUCCACCUCAUUUUUUAUUUGAUUUAUUGAAGCCUUGCUUUCUGAUUUUUCAUUUUAUUUCUCUUUAAAAUAUCAUUCAUGGCUGCGCCGCGGCUCAAUAGGCUAAUCCUCUGCCUUGCGGCGCCGGCACACCAGGUUCUAGUCCCAGUCGGGGCACCAGAUUCUGUCCCAGUCGCCCCUCUUCCAGGCCAGCUCUCUGCUGUGGCCAGGGAGUGCAUUGGAGGAUGGCCCAAGUCCUUGGGCCCUGCACCCCAUGGGAGACCAGGAGAAGCACCUGGCUCCUGCCAUCAGAUCAGCGCAGUGCGCCGGCCGCGGCGGCCAUUGGAGGGUGAACCAAUGGCAAAGGAAGACCUUUCUCUCUGUCUCUCACUGUCCACUCUGUCAAAAAAAAUAUAUCAUUUACAUUCAAAUAUAUAAGUGUUGUAUUCCUUUGUGGGCAUAUUAUCUUCCUUAUUCUUGUUUUUGAAUUUCUGCAUUUAUUUUAGGUGUUUGUGGAGAUAAUUUUUGGUUUUUGUUCCACUGGUGGCUUUUAUUUUGGAUUAAGUUUCUGUGGCUUAAUGGAGUGUCUGCUCUUCCAGUGAACACCCAGGGGCAUGUGCUGGAUAUGGCCAGGGAGUUCUGGUUAGUAUUCCAGGGUGGAGAGUAUGCAGGGUUACACCAAAGUUAGUUGUGGUAGAUCUUUAUAUAUAUAUAUCAAACAAUCACCUCUGAUUAUUUAUAUAUCUAUAUCUAAAUAUAUAUAAAUAAGCAUAUAGAUAUAUAAAUAAUCAGAGGUGAGUGUUUGAUCAGCUCUGUUCCCAGGUCAUCAAUACCUGGGCCCUAGUCUUCAGAAGUUCAUUUUCUCAUCUGAGCUGCUACACAAAAGUUCUGUGCAAUCAUCAGUGUAAGUAUAGGUCCCCCUCGCAGUGACUCACUCCAGGUGGUCAGGGAGCCAUGAGCCUGUGGAGUAACCCAUGAUGACCCCUGCAGUGAGGAUGGACUUCACAAUGUAGCUAGUAACAGGUCCCAUCUGGCUAACAGAAGCCAUGUUUAUUUACCAGGAACCAAAACCAGUUGCAUUUUAACUUUGCCUUCCUCAUGGCUACUAGUUGUCCCAGAAUAAAGAGUUUGCAAUGUCUCUCAAGUCCUAAAUACACAGUGAAUGGGCUGGCUGCCACUUAAACAUGGCUAACAUUGGCCCACUCUUCCUGGAAAUGUAGGGAUGCAAGGGAGGGCCUUACUUCUAAUAGGGAAGGAAGUUUUGGCCUCUUGGUGUCCAGAUGUAUCAACUAGAUAGUAGAAAUGGCUGUUCAUCCUUCCCUCUUCCAAAGACAUCAAGUAACAGAGUUGGGCCAUAGGCAUCCAUUCAAAGGCUUCACAGUUUAAGAAAGACAGGAGUAAUUAGGAGGCACUUCAGAGCACAGCUGUCAUGACAAGAUCUGAGUAAAUGCAUAGGAAAAUGGGUGGGGGUAGGUGGGUGGAUUUGGAGUGAUUUAAACCUGACAACAGAAGCCUGAAUAAAUUGUUACAGGAAGCUGACAUUACACAUUUGCAGGGUGCUUAUAUAGAGCACACCUUCUCAACCAUCCCCUGCCCUCUCCCACAUUGGCAAGGCACUGUAAGAUCACUUUUACUUGGUCCACAAAAGUAAUCAGGACAGGGACCAGCACUGUGACAUAGCAGGUAAAGCCACCGCCUGCGGUGCCAGCAUCCCAAAUGAGCAUCGGUUUGAGUUGCAGCUGCUCUUCUGAUCCAGCUCUCUGCUUUGGCCAGGGAAAGGAGUGGAGGAUGGCCCAAGUCCUUGGGCACCUGCACCUGCAUGAGGGGCCUCCUGGCUCCUGGCUUCAUAUUGACCCAGCUCCAGCUGUGGCAGCCAUUUGGGGAGUAAACUGGCUGAUGGAAGACUUCUCUCUCUGCCUCUGCCUCUCUGUAACUCUGUAACUUUGCCUUUCAAGUAAAUAAAUCUUUAAAAAAUGAAAAAAAAAGUAAUCAGGACAGUCUGCAUAAGAUUAGAUUCUGUUCCAAUAACCUGACUCUCCUAAGUUCCAGUCUGCCACCAAGGACUGAGGGGAUCAAUUGUUUAGUACACUGUUACCCUUCCUUGGUUUGAAGGAGUCACACAUCUAUUGAUCUAGAGGCCCAGCCUCUCUGUACUUUAGACAGAGUUAGAAGUGGCCUUAAAACAACAAAUUGAAGCUUUAAAUAAAGUUUGAAAACAUUUUAGUUUUAAAAAUUCUGGGUUGAUUAGUCAAAGGAUUAUUUGUAUAUAGAGCAUUUCUUAAAGUCUUCAUUCAGGGCCGGUGCUGUGGUAUAGUAGGUUAAGCCUUUGCCUGUGGUGCCAGCAUCCCACAUGGGUGCUGGUUUGUGUCCAAGCUGCUCCAUUCCUAUCCAGCUCUCUGCUAAUGGCCUGGGAAAUCAGUGGAAGAUGGCCCAAGUUCUUGGGCCCCUGCACCCACAUAGGAGACCUGGAAUAAGCCCCAUGAUCCUGGAUUUCGAUUGGCCCAGCUCUGGGUGUUGUGGCCAUGUGCUGAGUGAACCAGUAGAUACAAGACCACUCUCUGUCUCUUCCUCUCUCUCUGUAACUCUGCCUCUUAAGUAAAUAUAUAAAUAAAUGUCUUCAUACAUUUUAAGCUAUACUAACUGGAAAAAUAAGUGCUAAAUAUAGUCCAACAUUGCUUUAAGUUAUUAUAUAUAUUUAUUUUACACUUAUGUGUUUUGUGCCUGUUGAAUUAUGAGCCCCUCUGAAGACAGUAGAGGCUGAAACAAAUGAACAAAAUAAUGCUUGGCAUUCAUAAACUAAACAAGUGUAACGAACCUAAAUUUUGAAUCUGGGUAGGUGUAAGGCAAAAGCAGUAUAGCAGGUGGAUUCGGUGAUAUAUGUGAUCUAAGAAUAUACAUAUGUGGGCUGGCGCCACGGCUCACUAGGCUAAUCCUCUACCUUGCAGGGCCGGCACACCAGGUUCUAGUCCUGGUCGGGGCACCGGAUUCUGUCCCAGUUGCCCUUCUUCCAGGCCAGCUCUCUGCUGUGGCCAGGGAGUGCAGCGGAGGAUGGCCUAAGUGCUUGGGCCCUGCACCCCAUGGGAGACCAGGAGAAGCACCUGGCUCCUGCCAUCAGAUCAGCACAGUGCACUGGCCACGGCGGCCACUGGAGGGUGAACCAAUGGCAAAGGAAGACCUUUCUCUCUGUCUCUCUCUCUCUCUCACUGUCCACUCUGCCUGUUUAAAAAAAAAGAAAGAAUAUACAUGUGUGGAGACAAGCAAAAAUUCAGACUUUCAAGGUUGUGCAGUUGGUGAGCUUUAAGUCAAGGGCACCUAAUAGUAAAAUGGACUCAGGUCACAUCUGAAUUAUAGAUAGAAGUUUGACAUAGGAUAGGGGAAAGCAUGGAGUUUGAAGAUAGAGUUAAAGGGCUGGACAAGCACAUCUGCUGGGCUCUAGGUAGGGGUGGGGCUGUGGGCACAUCAUGAUGUCAUCCUCUCUAGCCUCAGAUUCCCUUUGUGACUCAUAAUCUGUGAUGCAGAGCUGGAACUAUAUAGUCAAGGGCUUGAACCCUCAACCCUCAGUUGCCUCUCAGCAGCACUGCGAUUCAGAUAAUGGAGUACGUCCUCUCAUUUCUGAAGAGCCAUUUUGAGCUGUGGCUGAGCUUCAGCUCGAUUUUUAUUGAUAGCAGCCUCAACUACACUCUUAUUAGUGGGUUGCGGUUGAUCUUUUUGUACCUGAGCUACCUGGUGUUAAAGCUAUUUUUCACAACCAUCUGGAAAAAGAAGACCACCGAAAAGGUUCAAGGAUUAACCAGAAAGAAGCAGAGGAGACCCCAGAGCCAACAUCAAGAUAUCACCAGUUUCCAUCACCUGCUUUGUCCAGACCCUCACUGUACGGUGUGUAACAGAGUGGCUACAAAAGAGACUUCAUUCACUGUGACAUCUGCCCAUUCAAAAACUCAUCCAAGAGGCCAAAAGUCAGCCUCUUUGCAUGUGCCAUCUCCACCUCCCCCUUCUACUGUCUCACUUAACCAUGUUGCUUCUUUACCUGAUUUACUGUCCCCCGACCCACCAGCUGACUCAGUACCAUCAGAGCCUAUUCCUCCCUUGGCUUCAAAACUCCCAGUGGACCCUUUCCCACCCCAACCUGUUGCUCUUUGCCCUCCCACACCACAUCAAUCUCAGAGAUCAGAUCAUGAUCUGCAUCCAGAGAUUGCUCUGUCUGUAAUGAAUAGCCCUGAUGGGUUGUCAACUGAUAUUCCAACAGUCAGUGAAAUUGACCAUUCAAUGCCAGAAUCACCCUGGCAGCAGGCCCUGGUCAAGGAUGCCAAAGACUUGUCCUCUUCCAACGUAGAACAAGAUAGUAUCAAGCAUGAGCUUGUUGAUGGCCAAUCUUCUGAGACCUCUUGCACAGAAUGUGCAUCCAACCUUGGAGAACCCACUAACUUCUUGUUACUCAGCCAUGACAAUCUGGCACUCUUGGAGAAACAAGUAAGAAAGAGGGGUGAUUUCCUGAUCUGGACGGAAAGGGAAAAUAAAAUGGAACCAUUUCUAAAACAACUUAGUUCAGACUACCAGCUGAGUACUUCAGAGAAAAUGGUAGAGUCAAGUGCUGAUAGACAUGAGUCAGCAGUCAGUGCAGACCACCAACUGUAUAUAUCAGAGCCAAAGUUAGAGUCAGAUGCUGAUAAGCAUGACUCUGCAAUCAUGGCAGAAUACCAACUAGAUACUUCAGAGAAAAUCAUUAUACAUUUCCUUUAUUUUGGAAACAGCAAAGGCAAACCAGAGGAGCUGCAAAUGAACCAGCAGCCUCCAUCUCCUAGGACCUCUGAGAAUCAAUUACCAGAAAAAUGCAUCAAAUACUUUUGGGGUCUUCCAUCUUUGCACAGUGAGUCCUUGUGCUCAAUUAUCCAUCAUUCAGAUGACUGUCUCUCAACUUGGGUCAUCUUUAAUGGCAUCUCCAAAGCUUCCACAUCUCAAGGAUCUUUAGGACUUCCCAAUUUCCAGCCUCUGAUCUUGCCUGAGAUCCAAUCUCAAUCCUCAACUAAAACUGUCUCCCAAUCGCAGUCACAACAUGUUACUCUGGCACAGUCUCAGUCCAACCUUCCAUCUCCAAUCCCCCAAUGCUACCAAUCUCCCGAUUUCCAGCGUAGGAUCUGUGGAGUGUGCUUCCAUAGACCCCAUAAUGAGGCACAGUGUCUCAUGCAAUCUGACCUUCAUCAGCUAGAAUACAAUGUGCUACAGAAAGAACAGGAACGUUUGUGGGGUUUACCCUCUGUGGUCAAAACAUCCCAGGAAUGCCUUUGUCCUCCACCUCCCAACUUUUCAUUGGUGAGCCAGUCCUCCAAAAUCCAUGUUCCAAUCUCCAUCAUUCCUGGAGAUCACCCUCUGAGCAGUGAGCUUCGCAAGAAAUUUGAGUACCACCUUAGAAAGAGACUCAUUCAACACCGAUGGGGCCUACCCCACAGGGUCAAUGAGUCUCUGACACUGAUUAAUCCUGAGAGAGAUGUUCCUGAAAUAUAUGCAUCAAAGAGUCUUCACAGACUCAAAUGGAUAUCUUUGUUGAAGGAACAGAGUAGCAACAAUUUAAGGAAUUCUGAAUCGAGCCAACUUCCAAUCUCCCAUGAGACAAGCUCAGAAGAGUUUCAGUCAGAUAACGAAGAGAAGGACCAUCAGAGACACAGCCCAAAGAAUGGCCCAAGUGAUCAUCUAUUGAGUGACCCAGAAGGAUACUCAGAUAACAGUUUAGGGUCUGACUCUGAGAAAGAUCAAGGAAGUCAUACAGUGAGUCUGUAUGGGAAUGAUUCAAGGGCCUCAGGGAUAAGUAUAAAUCAGAAACAACUAGAAAUUGCACUCAAAGAACAUUUGAAUAAGAAAACUGAAGAAAUAAAAGAGGGUAGACUUCCUGAGACUGUUCAUAGUUCAUGGCAUGCCCUUAAGCAGACAAUAUCUUUUGCUGAGAAAUCUCACAGUGAAAAACAGAUAGAUGGGGCAUCAUCUAUGAGAAACAUUAGCUUGAACACUUCCCAGGAGAUUUAUUUCUUGGGCCCCGGCAAACAGAAGAUGCUGGAAGACCAUAUAAGCAGUUUUUGCAUGAGGAUGAAGUGUGGCUUUCCCACCAGGGUCUUUGAAUCCAUACACAUCUUCAGCAAGAAAGAGGACUCAUCUUCUUCCUUAGGCCAUUCCUGUUGUUCCUCCCAAGAUCGCCUUAGUUCUGGGAUGCAUUCCAAAGUUAUGGUAUCCAGGUCACUUGGUAGGAGCUCUACAGCUUUGUGUAGAGACAAAUUGAAGAUAAUAAAGUCAGCACCCAAUCUGGAUCAUCUCCUUCCUGCUGCAUCACUUCCAGGGAAGGGAGGACAGGGGGACCUGAGACCCCUGUCCCCAGAGGAAAAACAGGAGCUUGCAGGUGUUCAGAUUAAGGAUGGCAGAAAGACUUGUCCAUGCAUCGCAGACAAAUUAAGAAACAGACUGGACCAGACAAUAGACACAGCCCAGUGCUGGUAUCUGCAAGUCAUGAUGGGACUGGACCUGAGCCAAAGGAUAAGAGUGAGUUCCAGCAACAAAGCAGAAAGACAUCAGGCUCCCAAAGUAAAGACUUCAGAAUACUUCCCAAGGUUUAAUAAGUCUAGAGAGAUAUUUAAGGCAAAGGAGCUCUUUGCUCUUCUAUCAAACUCUGCCAAUGCCUUGACAACCAACAAGUCAGUGGACUCCGCAGUGGUAGAUGUGAAAACAAAGAAAGAAAAAACUACCCUGGUUACUGAAAUUCUCUCACCAACAUCAGUUUCCCAGGAUCAUAAACUAUCAGAAUUUAAAAACAACUUGGUUAAAGAAUUAAAGUUGAAAUUGGAGAAUAGGGAUCAUAACCCUGUUCAAGGCCAGUCUAUUGAUAUGCUGUUGCCUCACAUAACUAUUUCUAAAACCUUGCUGACUCGUGCCCAGGGUGUCUCCAAUGGGAAGAUGGCAGCUUCUCAUGUUAUGCAUGUACAUUUGGACAACACACCAGUCAGCAUGGAACAGCAUCAGGAGCCCUGGGUCCCUAAGCAUAUCUUGCAGAACUGCUGGGAUAAGAAUGUCCCACCAAACUCAAAGAGGCUGAGUCAUUUGCAACCAAAAACAGGGGAGCUUGGUGAAGGGGAGGCAGGGUUGGGGACACCACAACCCAGUAGGAAGAGCUGCCCUGGUCAAGACAGGGCAUUAAAGAAGAUGCUUGGAAGCAUAUCUUCCCCAACCUCGUCACUGAAGGAUCAGCCUCCUCCUGAAAAUCUGUUCCAAAAACAGAUAAAAAAAUGUUUGCAAUGGAUUUGUCCUAGCAGCACAAACAAAGGGCAAGAAAGUUUCCUUGGAAAGGGGACUUCCCCACCAUCAUCUGUGCAGAGCCAAAGCAAAGUUAAUAGUAGAGCUGCCUCUACUGGCAACACCAAAACUCUGCAAGUGAAGACACACAUUGGCAAGGUGUUAGAUGUGAAACCAGGGAGUAGCCAUGGUGUCAGAAUCACCUGCCCCCAAGAAUCACGUUUCUCUCCGACAAAGCCUGUGAAAACUCUUAAGGCACAAUUGCAGGCCCAGGCAGAUACUGUCCAGGGACAUCCUUUUAACUACAAAACUUCCUCCUGUAAAAUGAAUAAUGCAAAGUCCUUUAGCCAAGAAGCACCCUUGGCUGACCAAAAUUACCCAUCAAAGAAUGCACUGACCACAGACAGGGUGAGACAGCCCCAGAAAGUUGUGGCAUUCAAGGAUCAGCCACUAUCGCAGAGGCAUCCGGCAUCCAUGCCCAAUAAAGAGUUCCUGCCCCAUCCAAACCAUACCUGCAGGCAUCAAGCCAGCCAGGUGUCUCCAACCACACCUACAUUUUCUGAAGGCACUGUAUUGGGAGAUCUGUCUCUACUCCUUCAGCAUUUCCAGGGAGGAAGAUUUCCUCCUCCCAAUGAUUGUUGUCUUUUAUGUGUACUAUUUUGGAGACAUGGGAUUUGAGUAACAUAGGGUUUAUACUUAGGGGAAAAAAGCAAUUAGUUCAGCACUUACUCAUCUCUUUUGGCUUCUAAAUCAUUACAGUCCACUGGUUCUCUAGGGGGAUGGUUAUCAAGUGCCCCUUAAGGCCCUUCCAUCCCCGGAGAAGUCUGAGUACAUGUGCUGUUUCCUAGUCUGUAUAAUAUUGUGUGGCAGCCCAUAUACCCUCCCCAUCACUGACUAUUUCUUGGCCUCUGGAGGAAUAAGGGAGGUAAGUCAUAUCUGAAGAGGGUCAAAGUCACAUAUCUUAUUCAGAAAAUUGUGCUUAAUCUUAUUUUUUUUAAAGAAAAUAUUGUAAUGACUAGAGCAUGACACAGGAGGGUGAACCUCACCUCAGGGGUGGUUGAAGAUUACUGCCAUAGUAGACAUGGGACUGAUUGGGUUAAGGUCUAGGAACAUUAUUAUUGUUGGUUGAGAAUCUGUCAUGAGAGGCAUAGUAAUGCAUUGGGAAACCAUACUUUGGGGCAUUGAUGUUUUCCUAUUGGAAAAUAAGCUUAUGAAGGUAGCUCCCUGCCCUGGGUAUUUCUUCAGGUUGGCUGAAUUGAUUACAUUUUUGCACGGCAAAAUAAUCCCCUAGAUACUGGUGGUGGGAAUGUGGAACAGUUACCUAACUGCUAGGGCAAAGUAAGGUUGAAUGUAAGGACAAAAUUCCUUAGAGUAAGUGGGAAAUUAUGGGAAAAAAUGAGUAGGAGGGAUGACCUUGCCAAUAGAAGGAAAUUUUUGUCCCCUUAUCCCCACCUCAUGACCCUAUUCUACUUUCCCAGUCUGACCCAGGCACCACUUCCAUAGGGCUGAUAAGGGGCUGCAGAUUACUCAUGCUACAUCAGAAUGUGCAUGGUGCUCUUCUUAGAGUGUUAGAAUAGUAUUCACAGGGCUGUUGUCAUCAUGGCAUCCCUUUAGGAAAGCUGGUUUUGGUGCCAUCUCUCUAUUCACACAUGACAACUACUGCAAGAUCUGCCCUUAGUAUAUCCAUCACCUAUAUAGUUGGAGAUGCCACCUUUGAUCUUGGUGAGGUAAUGGAGUUAUGAUGGAUUCCCCCAGAAUACCUUUAGGCCAUGAUCAAGAGGUGAAUACUGGUCGAUGAAUCAGGGUAACAUAUUUGAGGGGGCCUCCUUGCACUGCCAAAUAAUGUUCUUUUUGACCAAGACUGGGCAUAUCUGUACCCUUAAAAUAGGGAUCUGGAGGGAUGGAACUGCCACUUAUACAAACUGGGAAUCAAGUUGGGUGAAUGGGGCCAGCAUUGUGGUACAGUGUAUUAAGCUACCUAUUGUGAUAACAACAUCCCAUAUCAGAGUACCAGUUCUAGUCCUGGCUCGUCUACUUUCAAUGCAGCUCCUUGAUAAUGUGACUAAGAGAGCGGCAGAUGAUGAUUCAAGUACUUGGGCCCCUGCCACCCAUGUGGGACACCCAGAUGAAGUUUUGGGCUCCUAGAUUUUGCCUUGACAUGACAGCUCUUUGGAAAUUGAGCCACAAGAUGGAUGAUAUGUCUGUCUCUUUCAUUGUGUAACUCUGUAUUUUUAAAAGAUUUUGUCAUUUUUUUUUUGAAAUUCAGAGCUAUAGAGAGGGAGGGAGGGAGAGAAUCUUCCAUGUGCUGGUUCACUCCCCAGAUGGCCCCAACAGCCAGUGUGAGACCAGGCUGAAGUGAAGAGCCAGGAGCUUCAUCCUGUCUCCCAGAUGGGUGGCAGGGUCCAAACAGCAUCCUCCACUGCUUUUCCAGGCUAUUAGCAGGGAGUUGUAUUGGAAGUAGAAUAGCCAGGACAUGAAUUGGCACCCAUAUGGGAUGCCCGCACUUUACCUGCUAACGCUACACAACACCAGCCUCACACUCUUGCCUUUCAAAUAAAUAAAUGUUGAACAAAACAUUGGACAAUUUCCUGGAAGGCACUUAAGAUAGUUUCUACAGUAAAAUGUUGGAAAUUCUGGUUGUCAAAAUAAAAAAUAAAUAAAACGUGUUCACUGCAGCCCCCUCACUCUACCAUCCUUCUAUCUUCUUAUCUGGAAGUUAUACCAUUCAACCUGCAUUGUCUGGAGCUUAACGCUUCAGAAUGAAUGUGAUUCUGUGGAGGUCCUGGGAUGGUAAAAUGUGGGAUGUGACCCAGGGCAAGGAACUGGAAGCCGUGGAGAUCAGUAGAGGAACUGAUCCAUGUGGAUUGACAAAGCAAUAACUUGGAGGCCUCUACUCUCCCACCUACAGUCUUAAUCCAGUUAAGUUACUGCCAUACCUCAGAGUUUACCACUGGGAAUGUCUCUGCCUUCUGAAGUAAUAUAGUCUGAGCCAAAUUCAGUGCACAAUAUUACAGUUCCUUAACCACAUAGACAACAUAACAUUAAAAGGAACUGAAGUAGGAAACAGUACAGGUGGACAAAACCCUGAGAUUGCUAUGCAAAUGUUUUCAAUACUUAGAAGAAAUUUUUACUUUUACAUAUUUAAAAUAAGUUAUUUUUCAUCCAGUUAUACUUAGUAGAUCAACUAUACUAAUAGUUCAUGUCCUUCCUAAAAUGCCACUAAAAGUAAAGAAUUAUAACAGAAGUUCCUUGAUUUCAUUACUCAUAAAGGAAGUAGAAAACCACUAUGAAAUGCCACUUCACACCUACUAGAAUGAUCACAAUUGAAAAACCAGGUAACAGGAGUAAGCAUUUGGCACAAGUUGAGGCACUUCUUGGGAUGCUCACAUCCCACAUCCAAGUGUUAUGUUUGAAUCUGGUUCUCCCACCUCUUUUUUUUUUUUUUAACAAAUAUGUUUCUUAUGGCUUCUUUUUUUAAAGAUUCAUUUAUUUGAAAGACAGAGUUACAGAGGUGUAGAGAGAGAGAGAGAGAGGUCUUCCAUCUGCUGGUUCACUCCUCAGAUGGCCACAAUGGCUGGAGCUGCGCCAAUCUGAAGCUAGGAGCCUCUUCCAGGUCUCCACGUGGGUGCAAGAGCCCAAGGACUCAGGUGUCUUCUACUGCCUUCCCAGGCCACAGCAGAGAGCUGGAUAGGAACAGAAGCAGCAGGGACAAGAACCAGAACCCAUAUGGGAUGCUGGCGCCCCAGGCCAGGGCUUUAACCCGCUGUGCCACAGCGCCAGCCCCUCUUCCUCCUCUUAUCUAACUUCCUGCUAAUGUGAACUCUGGGAGGCAGCAGGCAAUGACUCAAGUACUUGGGUCCCUACCACUCAGUUCAGUGAUCUGGAUGGAAUUCCAGUCUCUUAGCUUUGGCUUGGCCCAUUGUUAUGGGCAUUUGGGCAGUGAACCUGCAAAUGGAAGAUCUCUUGCCAUCUGUUUCUCUGUUUCUGUUUGUCUGUCUCCCUGUCUUUCAAAUAAAAUGAAAACAAAUAAGUAAAAAUGGGAAAAAAACAGAUAAUAAGGUUUGAGAAAAUGUAGAGAGAUACAAAGUCUUACAUACUGUUAAAGAGAAUGAAAACAGUGUGUUUUGGAAAUGAGUCAGACAGUUCCUUAAAAUAUUAAACACAGAGUUGCCAUUUAAGCCAGCAAUUUUUCUCCUAGGCAUUAUACACAAGAUAAAUUAAAAAUUAUGCACAGAGAAAUUGCAAAUAAAUAUUCACAGCAACAGCAUUCACAGCAGCCAAAAUGUGGAAGCCACACAAAUGUCCCUCAACUGAUGAAUGGAUAAGCAAAGUGUGGCACAUACUUACAAUGAAAUAUAAUUCAGCCAUAAAAAGGAAACAUUGAUCAAUGCUGCAACAAGAAUGAACCUUGAGAAACAUUAACCUACGUGAAAGAGGUCAGUUGCAAAUGACCACAUUCCAUCCUUAUGAAAUAUCCAGAAUAGGAUAAUUGAUAGACACAAAGUAAAUUAGUUGUUUAUGAGGGCUGGGAGAUGAAAUGCGAGGGGUUAAUAACUAAAGGGUAUGCAAUUUUCUUUUGAAGUCAUGAAAUUCUUUUAAAAUUGGUUCAGGUAAUGAAUGUUCAACUGUGAGAAAAAAUGUCAUAUAUUUUCAUGGAUAUAUGAAUUAAUUUCCAUACAACUGUUAGCAAAAAAAAUUUUUUUAAUAAUUUUGAGGAUGGCAAGAAGGGGAGAGGGUCCCACCAAAGAGGAAAACACAGAUGUGGAAGAAGGAAAUCCGGUAGAGAAGGCAAUAGACUUGGCACAGAAGAAAAUCUGGAAAUCAGUUCACAUCCUAAAAGCCCAAGGACACAUGACGUGGUACCAUGUAAGAAAGAGAUUUGUGGUUACAUGCUGUAAACAUGGUUUCAUAAAAUGUUGAUUCUCUUUGGUUUUACAUUAUGCAUCAUUAGGAAAAACUCUUUCUUGGGUGCUCCUUUCCAAUAGUAUGCAAAAUCAUGCUGAAACAUUAACUGCUUCAAAUGCAGACAGCAGACCCCAGGAUUUUGCCUGGGACAGAACCUGAGACAACUGACUGUGUAUAGCUGUGGCAGCUGUGGGAAUGAAAGUUAAAAAUUGCAAAAGUUAGGUAAAACUCAGGAAAACAUAGUCAAGGGUCCAUGUAAGAAAAUGUGUUUGUGUCAAGCUAAUUAUAUUUGCAGAAAAGUUGCAUGGAUGGUAAGCCCUUUAUUCAGAUUUACCUAUUAUUAAUAUUUUGAUCAAUUUUCCAUUUCUUUUCUCUGUCUCCUUCCUUCCUUCCUGUCUUUCCUCACCCUUUGUGCAUGUUCAAAAACACACAUACAUUCCUGAGCAUUUGAGAAUACAUUUCAUACAUGUUGCACUUUUCCUUGAGUAUUUCAUCGUGUACUUCUUUUUUUUUUAACUUUUAUAUAAUGAAUAUAGAUUCAUAGUGUACUUCUUAAGCAGAAAGAAUUCUCUUACACAUUCAAUUAUUUCCUUCAGUAAAUUUAACGCUGACACAUAACUUUCAGUUAAUCUCUCAUCCGUAUUCUAUUUUGGUCAGUUUACCUACUAUGUCCUUUGUGGCUUAAAAAAAUCAAACUCCAUUACAGGAUUUUGUCUAGGAUCAUGUACUGCAUUUAGUUAUAUUUGGUCUCCUUUAUUCUGGAACAGGUUCUCCGGGUUUCUUUUUGAUGACAUUACCAUUUUUUUAGAAUGUAUUCAAUGGGACACUUUUUACAAUCCCUUCUCACAGGGAAAUUUUUUGGUGCUGCUUAUGUUGCUUAGACUUCAAUUUUUAUAUUUGGAAAUUCUGGUGGGCUUUACAGGUGUCAGGACCACAUUUAUCAUAAAGAAUUCAGCAAACAACCAAAAACAAUUCCGGAGAUGCAAAACUAUAUACAGGGAGAGAACUCUGUUAUUAAUGGGAGAGCACAUGAGAGGAAGAAGGCUUGAAGUAUACCUCCUUUUGCAGAGACAAUGAAGAAACUGCAGAUGCAGAAGACAGGCAAAGGAAGAAACUGCCAUUACUUGUAAACUGAUAACAUAUGUAAAGGAAAUGAGCAGGUGCCUGUGGCCAAGGUGGAUUCAUGAUACUCAGUGAGGCCUUAGGCAAACAAUAGAAGAAAAUAAUAUGAAACUUAAUUUCAGCAGAUUAUAACCUAGAUGAAUAUUAGAAGUUAUUACUGUGGGCCAUCAAAUAAGGAGGCACCUUUCUCUGAAGGGAGGAGAGAACUUCCACUUUGACUAUGGCCUUGUCUAAAUAAGAUCAGAGUUGGUGAACUCAAGAGGCUUCCAUAGCCUUGGCAGCUCAUGACAAGAGCCUCAGGUGAUUACUGACGUCAUAAACAAGAGUGUCAAUUGUUAAAUCAACAACAGGAGUCACUGUGCACUUAUUCCCCAUGUAGGAUCUCUGUCCUUAAUGUGUUGUACUAUGUGAAUUAACGGUAAAACUACUACUCAAACAGUACUUUAUACUUUGUGUAUCUGUGUGGGUGCAAACUGUUGAAAUCUUUACUUAGUAUAUACUAAGUUGAUCUUCUGUAUAUAAAGAUAAUUGAAAAUGAAUCUUGAUGAAGAAUAGGAUGGGAGAGGGAGUGGGAGAUGGGAGGGCUGAGGGAGGGAGAGAGCUUAUGGGGGGAAAGCCGCUAUAAUUCAAAAUUGUACUUUGGAAAUUUAUAUUUAUUAAAUAAAAGUUGAAAAAAAUCAGGAAACAAAAAAAGAACUUAAAAAAAGGUUAUUACUGCAAAAUGAUUGGCUAAAAUGGGGAAAUAUAUGUGUACACUAUUAACAAAAUGACAUCACUGUUUUAGAGAGCAAAGAGAACUCAAUGAAAAUUUUGGUGAGAAGAAAAUAGAUGGGAAAGAGCUCACAAAACCUUACAAGAAUGAAGUGAUCGCCAGCGCCGUGGCUCAACAGGCUAAUCCUCCACCUUGCGGCGCCGGCACACUGGGUUCUAGUCCCGGUCGGGGCGCCGGAUUCUGUCCUGGUUGCCCCUCUUCCAGGCCAGCUCUCUGCUGUGGCCAGGGAGUGCAGUGGAGGAUGGCCCAAGUGCUUGGGCCCUGCACCCCAUGGGAGACCAGGAGAAGCACCUGGCUCCUGCCUUCGGAUCAGCGUGGUGCGCCGGCUGCAGCGCACUGGCUGUGGCGGCCAUUGGAGGGUGAACCAACAGCAAAGGAAGACCUUUCUGUCUCUCUCACUGUCCACUCUGUCAAAAAAUAAAAAUUAAAAAAAAGUGAUCAUAGAUAUGAUUCCAAACGAAAGACAUUGCUAAAUUAAGUUGUGUCCUCUAGAGGUUGUAUGACACUAUAGAGAAGACUGCUCCCUAAAUCAGGAUGGAUUUGGAGGGGCCAGCACUGUGGCAUAGUGGAUAAAGCUGCUGCAUCCAGUGCCAGCAUCCCAUGUGGGCGCAGGUUUGAGUCCUCCAAUAUGGGUGCCAGUUUAAGUUGUGGCUGCUCCACUUCUGAUCCAGCUCUCUGCUAUGGCCUGGGAAGGCAGUGGAAGAUGGCCCAAGUCCUUGGGCCUCUGCACCCACUUGGGAGAUGGGGAAGAAGCUCCUGCUUCCUGGCUUCAGAUUGGCAAAUCUCUGGCCAUUGAAGCCAUUUGGUGAGUGAAGACUUCUCUCUCUCUGCCUCUGCCUCUCUGUAACUCUCCGCCUGUUAAAUAAAUAAAUCUUAAAAAAAAAAUCAAGGCAGAAUAAAAAUGUGUUGGGAAGGAGAGAGGGAAUCUGGAAGAAUGAUGGAGUAGCAGAGCAGGUUCUGUGGAGGGAACAAGAUUUGAGAGCAUUUAGGAAUAGAAUAGCCUCACAGGGGUUCUAGCAGAAGGAAUACUAAAAGAUCUGAAUUGUUGCAAUGGCCCUCAUCUUCCUCUUUGUUGGGCUUUGUGCUCUUUGGUACAUGCUGCUCUGUUCUUUAGUAAUGGUCUCUAGCAAACAUGAAUCCUUUUGAGGAAAUAGGGGGAGUGCACUGUUGCUGAGUCCAUUUCUGAUUCUGUAGAGUUAAAAAAUAUAUAUAUAGAAAGGCUUACUUGAGAACAGAGUAGAUGCUGCAACUUUGUCUUCUGUGAUUUUCAACAACAAUUUAUGCCAUCUGAUUUAAAUGUUAUUUAUUCUCUCUUUUAUUUAGAUGAUAUACUAAGGUAUACAAUACAUUUCGAUAUUGGAGGAUAUUUCAAAAGUUUUGUGCAAAAUAAAACUAAAAGUUUUGGUGGGGCUGGUGCUAUGGCAUAGCAGGUAAAGUCACUGCCUGCAGUGCCAGCAUUCCAUAUGGGUGCCUGUUUGAGUCCUUGCUGCUCACUUCUGAUCCAGCUCUCUGCUAUGGCCUGAAAAACAUAAGAUGGCCCAAGUCCUUUUUUUAAGAUUUUUGUAAUACUAACUUAUUAUUUAUUUGAAAGUCAGAGUUACACAGAUAGGGAAGGAGAGGCAGAGAGAGUGAGAGAAAGGCCUUCUAUCCACUGGCUCACUCCCCAGUUAGUCACAAUAGGCAGAGCUGUGCUGAUCCGAAGCCAGGAGCCAGGAGCUUUUUCAGGGUCUACCAGGUGGGUACAGGGGCCCAAGUAUUUGGGCCAUCUUCUACUGCUUUCCCAGGCCAUUGCAGAGAGCUGUAUUGGAAGGGGAACAGCCAGGACUUGAACUGGAGCCCAUAUGGGAUGCUGGCACUGCAGGUGGUGGCUUUACAUGCUACACCACAGUGCCAGCCCCAAUAAAUCUGUUUUUAAAAAGAUAUUUUUGUUCAAAAGUUUGAAAUUCAUAGUUUUCUUCUUUUUUUAAAGGUCUUCCUUCCAUUGGUUUACUCCCCAAAUGACCUCUAUGGCCGGCGCUGUGCUGAUUCGAAGCCAGGAGCCAGGUGCUUCUUCCUGGUUUCCCCUGCGGGUGCAGGUAUCCAAGCACCAGGGCAAUCCAACACUGCCCUCCCAGGCCACAGCAGAGAGCUAGACUGGAAGAGGAGCAACCAGGACUAGAACCGGUGCCCAUAUGGGAUGCUGGCGCCGCAGGCGGAGGAUUAACCAACUGAGCCAUGGCACAGGCCCCAAGUUUUCUUUUUCAUAAUAUGCAUUUCCAUCAACUUUUUGAAGACUUGUCAUACAUAAUGAAAUGAUUAUUUCAAAUAUUCAUGUUAGGCAACUAACAUAGCCAUAAUCUCAGUUACUCCUUUGUAAUUUGCUUUGUUUCAUGAUCAUUCAAAAAUCUGCUCUCUCAGCAAGUUUCCAGGACACAAUACAAUAUUACUAACCAUAGGUCUCAUGAUGUACUUUAGUUAUCUAGACUUCUUCAUCCUCCAUAACUACAACUUUGUAUAUGUUGACCUCUAUCCUCUCCUCCUACCACACCCACCACUGGUAGCUAUCAUUCUAUUUUCUGUUCUAUGUAUUCAACUUUUAAAUUUUCUUGUUAGACUUUCUAUGUGAGAUAACAUAGCAGUUUUCUUUCUUUGUCACACUUAUUUCCAUUAGCAUAAAGUCCUGCGGUUUCAUCGCUGUUGUUGCAAAAGGAAGGCUCUUCUUUUUCAAGGUCUCUGUAAUUCUAAUUAUGAAGGCACUUAAAAAUUUUGGAAAAUGCAAAUUAUGAAGAAACUGCAUGGAUUUCAUUUUGUGCCAAAUACUUAUCUUUUAAUUCCAUUUUCUGUGAAUUUUUCAAAAUAUGUCAUGUGUGUUUAUCUCCACUCUCACAAUUUCCUUAUCCAUUUUUAGUUACUGGAUUCUUAGGUUGUCUCCAUAUCUUGGCUGUUGUGAUUAAUGUUGCAAUAAGCAUGGAGGUGCAGAUAUCUUUAUGAGGUGCUUAAUUCAUUCUUUUGAGUAAAGUCUAUUUUGUCUGAUAUAACCACAUCUGUUCUCUUUUGGUUACUGGUUGCAUGGAAUAAUUUUUUACAACUUUUCACUUUCAAGCCUACAUGUGCCCUUAAAGCUAAAGUGAGUCUCUUAUAUGCAUCAAGUUGGAUAUUGCUAUUUUAUUCAUUCAGCCACUCUAUUCUGAUGGAAAAACUUAAUCCACUUACAUUUAAAAUAAUUAAUGAUAACAUCGGCGCUGGAAGGGGAGCAGACCUGCGUGGAGAGCGUGGGAGCCCACAGUUCGGGACAUCAGCGGCAGACUCAACACACCAGCGCUGGAACGCGAGGUGAGCCGAACCUCAAUAACCCGAGACACCGGCAGGCAAGCGGAGAGAGGAGACUAGAGGGAACGACCCCCGGGGCGGGGGGGACUUCACCAAGCUAACUGGAAGAGAGAGAGAGGGAAAAAAAAAAGGUGACUGGUAUGGACACGGGUUUCUCUCUCUCCGCUCACCUCUCAAGGGCGAGCAAGACAAAGAGCAGGCGCCAUCUUGGACAUACGUCAUAAGCAGAGCGACCUCAGGUCUGCACCGGCCCUGAGCCUAGCAGUAAAACCUGACUCUGGGUGGGGCGAAUUAACAGGAGAUUAGGACUUAGUAAAUUUAUGGUGCUACUGAACUGAGACUGUGAAAAAAGAGACGGUGGGGGAGAGAACUCACGGAAUUCACGUGAGCACUCUCCAGAGACGCUACAAUUCUGUAACUUUGGCAACCCAGUGGGAGACUGAAGGAGAAUUUGAGCCCACUCUAAGGGCCGAACAGAUUCCCUGUGUGGUCCUUGGGAAAGAGCUUCUGAUCUCUGGCUCCUGUGGGUAUAUCAUUUGCCUGCUAACUACCUCCAACUUUGUUCAGCUGUGCAGAAUUACUUCCCUUUUGAAUCAAAAA